CAAGAUGACAGCUCCUCCUCGUCUAUCGUACUUAUUUUAUUUUAUUUUAUUUUUAUAACAGAUUCUCUCUAUGUGGCCCCAAGUGUCCUGGAACUUGCUAUAUAGACCAGGCUGACCUUGAACUUAUGGAGAUCCUUCUGCCUCUGCCUCCUGAAUAGUGGCAUUAAAGGCAUGUGCCACCAUGCCUGUACUGUGUUUUCUUGCCUCAAACCUAAGAUGGCCCCCGUGUGGUCUGGGGAAAGUGGCCUGACCUAAGAACAGCUCUGGAUAUGUUGGACCUAGGGUGGCUGUGUUCGGAAAGUCGUCCAAGGGAGGAGGGGCCAGGCCCUGGUGGCGGAAGCUGAUCUUGUGGCCUGAGUCCAAGUUGGUCCUGGCUGGGCUGUAGUCUGUGCUGGUCUGGGGACUGUCCUUCCAGAAGAGAUACAGGCUGUGGUUGUAUAACUGGGAACCCAGAACCGGAAAGAGGGCCCAGGACUGCCAAGGGCAAAGGUCGUCUGUGUGCCACAGGAAUGGAGGGAGACUUGGCGGAGCACGUCAGGGCUGAGCCUUUCCAUAGGGUCACGCCUCUGCUGGAGAGCUGGGCACUGUCGCAGGUGGCAGGCAUGCCCGUCUUCCUCAAAUAUGAGAAUGUGCAGCCAGCUGGCUCCUUUAAGAUCCGAGGCAUCGGACAUUUCUGUCAGCAGAUGGCCAUGAAGGGAUGCAGACAUCUGGUGUGCUCCUCAGGGGGCAAUGCAGGCAUUGCAGCCGCUUACUCAGCUCGGAAGCUGGGCAUCCCUGUCACCAUUGUGCUCCCAGAGAACACUUCCACGCAGGUGGUGAGGCGGCUGGAGGGGGAGGGGGCCGAGGUCCAGCUGGCUGGGAAGGUCUGGGAUGAAGCCAACAUAAAGGCGCAAGAAUUGGCCACUAGGGACGGCUGGGUGAAUGUCUCCCCGUUUGACCAUCCCCUGAUAUGGGAAGGCCACGCCAGUCUAGUGCAGGAGCUGAAGGAGUCGCUGGGGACCCCGCCAGGUGCCGUGGUGCUGGCGGUGGGGGGUGGAGGACUCCUCGCGGGUGUGACUGCCGGCCUGCUGGAAGUAGGCUGGCAACAUGUGCCCAUUGUUGCGAUGGAGACCCGAGGGGCACACAGCUUCAACGCGGCCUUGCAGGCAGGCAGGCUGGUCACGCUGCCAGACAUCACCAGUGUAGCCAAGAGCCUGGGAGCCAAGAGGGUGGCUGCGCGGACCUUGGAGUGUGCGAAGGAGUGUGAGAUCCUCUCUGAGGUGGUGGAAGACCGGGAGGCUGUGAAGGCAGUGCAGAGGUUCCUGGAUGAUGAGCGCAUCCUGGUGGAGCCUGCCUGUGGGGCCGCCCUGGCUGCUGUAUACUCAGGCAUCCUGGGGAGGCUCCAGGCUGAGGGCCGCCUGGGCCCGGCCCUGGCUUCCAUUGUGGUCAUCGUGUGUGGUGGCAACAACAUCAGUAGCCAACAGCUCCAGGAGCUGAAAACCCAACUGGGCUGUAGCUGAGGGCUCCCGGGAACCCCAGAGAGGCUCCUGGACACCGUCGUGGCCACCCAAGGGAGUGUCCUACCCUCCUCCUACCCUCCUCCUACCCUCCUCCUUCAGGUAGACCUCUUGGAUUGCUCCCAGGGGCUCCCUGCAGUCCACUGAAUAAACCUGCCUGAGCUGAG